AUGGGAUCUCUGUCGGCGUUCGAGGAGAGGCUGCAGUAUCCGGCGGCGAGGCGGGAUGAGUCCGUCGUUGAUGAUUAUCACGGCGUUAAAGUCGCUGAUCCUUACCGUUGGCUGGAAGAUCCUGACGCUGAGGAAGUGAAAGAAUUUGUAGAGAAACAAGUGAAACUGACAGAUUCUGUGCUUAAAACUUGCGAAACGAAGGAAAAGCUCCAUGAGAAAAUCACAAAGCUCAUUGAUCAUCCUCGCUACGAUACGCCAUUUAAACGAGGGAACAGCUACUUUUACUUCCACAACACAGGUCUUCAAGCUCAGAGUGUGCUUUUUAUUCAGGAUGAUUUGGAUUCCGAAGCAGAGGUCUUGCUUGAUCCCAAUACUCUUAGUGAUGAUGGAACAGUUUCUUUAAGCAGUAUAGCUAUCAGUGAGGAUGCUACGUAUUUGUCUUAUGGGCUUAGCUCGAGUGGUAGUGAUUGGGUAACGAUUAGAGUGAUGAAGAUUCAAGAUAAGAAAGUGGAGCCUGAUACUUUAUCUUGGGUUAAGUUUAGUGGAAUCACAUGGACACAUGAUGGUAAAGGUUUCUUCUACAGUCGCUACCCAGCUCCACAAGAGGGAGAGAAGAUUGAUGCUGGUACAGAGACUAACUCUAACUUGUACCAUGAGCUUUAUUACCAUUUUCUUGGGACGGAUCAAAACGAAGAUGUUUUAUGUUGGAGAGACCAAGAGAAUCCCAAGCAUAUGUUUGGAUCUAAAGUCACUGAUGAUGGAAAGUACCUAAUCAUGACAACUGAAGAAGGUUGUGACCCUGUAAACAAAGUUUAUCACUGUGAUCUCUCAUCACUUCCCAAAGGUCUAGAAGGUUUUAGAGGAAGCAAAACUCUGCUUCCAUUUGUGAAGCUUAUCGACACAUUUGACGCACAAUACAUAGCUAUCGCAAACGACGAGACAUUGUUUACUUUCUUUACCAACAAAGAUGCUCCAAAGUACAAACUAGUCCGUGUUGAUCUGAAGGAACCGAGCAAAUGGACUGAUAUUGUUGCAGAACACGAGAAAGAUGUCCUCUCAACAGCUUGUGUAGUUAAUGGGAACCAGCUUGUUGUGAGCUACAUGAGCGAUGUGAAACAUAUUUUGCAGAUUAGAGACUUGGAAUCUGGUUCCUUGCUUCACAGGUUACCUGUAGAUAUUGGCUCCGUUGGUGGAGUUUUUGCUCGGCGUAAAGACACAACCUUUUUCUUUAGGUUCACAAGCUUCCUCACUCCCGGCGUGAUUCACAAAUGUGACUUAUCUAGUGAAGCUCCGGAAGUUACAGUGUUUCGUGAAAUCUCUGUACAUGGAUUCGAUAGAAGAGCGUUUCAAGUCACUCAGGUGUUUUAUCCGAGUAAAGACGGAACAAAGAUACCAAUGUUUAUAGUGGCUAAGAAAGAUAUAGAGCUAGAUGGAUCGCAUCCUUGUUUGCUCUAUGCGUAUGGAGGGUUUAGCUCGAGCAUGACGCCGUUUUUCAGCGCGACACGUAUUGUGCUGAGUAGGCAUCUUGGUGCUGUGUUCUGUUUUGCGAACAUACGUGGUGGUGGUGAGUAUGGUGAGGAAUGGCAUAAAGCAGGCGCGCUUGCGAAUAAGCAGAACUGCUUCGAUGAUUUCAUUUACGGUGCAGAGUAUUUGGUUUCUGCUGGUUAUACACAGCCGAGGAAGCUUUGUAUAGAAGGUAGUAGUAAUGGUGGGAUUCUUAUAGGGGCUUGCAUUAAUCAGAGACCGGAUCUGUUUGGGUGUGCUUUGGCUCAUGUUGGGGUCAUGGAUAUGCUCCGGUUUCACAAAUUUACCAUAGGACAUGCUUGGACUUCUGAGUUUGGUUGUUCUGACAAGGAAGAGGAGUUCCAUUGGCUAAUAAAGUAUUCGCCUCUGCAUAAUGUGAAGAGGCCAUGGGAACAGAAGAUGGAUCGGUUUGUUCAGUAUCCAUCAACAAUGUUGUUAACUGCUGAUCAUGACGAUAGAGUCGUCCCACUUCAUACUUUCAAGUUGCUUGCGACAAUGCAAUAUGAGUUAAGUUUACGUUUAGAGAAUAGUCCACAGACGAACCCUAUCAUUGCUCGAAUUGAAGUUAAAGCCGGGCAUGGAGCUGGACGUCCAACGCAAAAAAUGAUUGACGAAGCCGCUGAUAGGUAUGCGUUCAUGGCGAAGAUGGUGGAUUCUUCAUGGAUCGACUAA